AUGUCCAACGCAAACUUACCUUCAGUGGACUCGAAUACAUAUGCGACUUUUCAGUCUCCCCUUUCAAGAUGUGGCCACGGUCCAGGAUUGAUUCUCAUACGGCCUAGUUGCUAUGCGACAUGCCAAGCACAAAACAAAUCGCUGGACCCAGAGCCGCUGAUGAAAUGGGCAGAGGAAAGCUUCACAGUAGCUCAAAUUACCGUAGAGAGCGUGACUCAAGCAUCUCUACGUGAAUCAAUCAAUAAAGCCGAGCGUGGCUUGAUCGAACGAGGAUGUGAUACUCGAGAUAGGAUGGGGUUGAUAGUCUUUGGAUCCAAACAUGACUAUCCUCUCCAAUUUGAAGAGAUGCUACAGGGUGCAGUGGAAGACACAAAGCUGGUCGCUGCUGUAUUCUUUGAUACUUGGAAUGUCCCCUUCUUCCAAUCCACCAUGCUCCAUCUGCCUAAAACGAACACAGUAGUGAAGAAAGAAGGACAGGUCAUCCACAAAUACUCGGAUCUACCCGCAGCUUUCAUCAUCCCAGGCCAUGCGGACUUCAAUAUCUCAACAGCAGGGGUAUCGCACACCCGCAGCGUGGGAUUUAUCAAGAAACACCUCGGAGGACCAUUUUUUGAUCUGGAGAGUAUUUGGGAUGAACACACUUUCUACGAAUUCGGCGAUCGAUCCGUCGAGAAAACGAUGGCGACAAUGGUUCAGGAACCAUAUGUCAACCAUGUGCCUACGCGAUAUACUCCGCAGUUGACUGGUGGUAUUGGUCGAUCGCGAUUAAGUCACUUUUACCUCAAUCACUUUAUCUUCAAUAAUCCUGAUGACACGGCUUUGGAAUUGAUUAGCCGGACGGUCGGGACGGAUCGUAUUGUCGAUGAGUUUAUUUUCGUCUUCACGCACGCCAAGCAGAUGGACUGGAUGAUCCCCGGAAUUCCACCGACGGGUAAAUAUCUUCGCGUACCUUUUACUUCCGUUGUGAAUAUUCGCGGGGAUCGUCUGUUCCAUGAACAUAUUGCUUGGGAUCAAGCGACCGUACUUGUCCAGUUGGGCCUGUUGCCUGAAUACCUCCCUUAUCCAUAUCCACUACCCGAUGGAUCUGUUCCGGCCCCCGGAAAUAGGUUCGAGUAUCGUGUACCGGCAGCGGGCAUCGAGUGUGCAGAGAAAUUGCAGAAUGAGGACUCGGCGCCUUCGAACCGCAUGUUCGAAUAUAAAAUUCGAGAAGUGGCCAGGUCAGACGCGUAA